AUGGCACGACGCCGCCCGAACAGCGGCGGCGGCGCCGCAGCAUUAGCCAAGUACUUCCUCCUCGUCUGGGCCGUCGCGCUCGGCGCGCUCGUCGUGCUGCACGAGCGCAGCAUCGCGGACGAGGUGCGCCGGGACUGGGCCGCGGUCGAAGGCGAGGUCCGCAAGGACUGGGCCGUGGUAGAAGGUGAAGUGCGCAAGGAGUGGGCUGUGGUCGAAGGCGCGGUGGAACGGGAAGCUCACUACCUCCUCGACGGGAUGAAGGCGCCGCCGUCGCCGGCGGCGGCGCCCGAGAAGCGCGACCAUGCGCCUGACCACCAUACGUUCGCGACGCCAGCGGCGCCCGACGAGCACCGCGCGCGCAAGCGCAUGUUCGCGACGCCGCCGCCGCGCGUCGCGACCGCGCCGCCGCGCGAAUCCUGCUCUUCCAUAAUCGAGAGGAUGCGCUACUGGUCGCGCGGCGAGACGCACGCGUCGCCGUACGCUGGUUAUGGCCCGAAGCGCAAAUAUUUAACCUUUGAACCGGACGCGGGCGGCUGGAACAACAUCCGCAUGGCCUUUGAGACGUUGGCCGUCUUGGCGCACGCGACGGGUCGAGUUCUCGUGAUGCCCCCGCCCCAGCGCUUGUAUCUCUUGAAAGUCACACAUGCCGGCAACACGCGGGCCCACCACGGCGUCGACGCGUUCCUGGACUUCGACGCCUUACGAGGCGCGCUCGAGGUCAUUUCCAUCUCUCAAUUCCUCAACGAAACGAUAAAAAAUGAUAAUACGAGGCGGCACCUGAAGGGCCUCGCGGAGCGCGCGACGAACGGUGGUGUCAUAGCGCGGCGGCAGCUGCGCGAGUGGAUGCGUAGGCAUGCGGACGUCGAGCCGCGCUGGGCACCAUUAAAGGAAUGCGUCGCCUUCGGGCCCUGCUCUACUCACAACAAAUACCGGCAUUUGACCGCGGAUAAAUUCUGUACGCACACGCGACGCGUGCGCUAUGUCGAUCAACGCUUCGCGGGCGCGCCGUGGGUCCACAUGACGACGAACGCGUCCCAUGGGUAUAGGAUGUUCACGCACUGGUAUACGUUUCUGUUGUUCGACGAUGGUGUCACGGACCUCUACUACAAGCGCUUCGGGCGCGAUAGACUCAAAUACAAGGAUGAAGUGUUCUGCGCGGCCGGGAGGGUGGUCGACGCGUUAACGCGUCACGGUGAAACGUACCAGGCGGCGCAUAUAAGGAGAGGUGAAUUGCAGUUCGUCUCCGUGAGGAUAUCGUGCGAAGAGUGGCGUGAUGCCUUACUGAGUUUCGGCUAUGACAAGGACGAGGUGCUGUUUGUUUUGACCGAUGAAAAAGAUAAAACUUGGUUCGCGCCGCUCGAGGAAGCCUUCGCGAAGAUUUACUAUCUGCGCGAUUUUCAGGAGGAAGUGUCCGAUCUAUACGACCCGAACGCGCUGGGCAUGGUCGAGCAGGUCGUGGCCUCGGCGAAGCCGUGUCGGCUGUUCACGGGGACCUUCUUUAGCACCUUCUCCGGUUAUGUGGCACGCUUAAGGGCCUACUACGGCCAUGCCGCCGACACGUUCUUCUACGCGGCGCCGAAGGCGAAGCAUCGGGUCUUGCACGACACGUCGGAUACAAUUCAUGCGCCCUUCUACAACCGCGAGUGGGCGCUGGCGUGGAACAACCUCGAGGAGCCGCUGCCGAAGGACCGGCCGCCGGUCUGGCCGCUCCCGGCCGUCGUGAACGUGACGGACAUCAAAGCGCGCAAGGAAAGGUACCCGAAGGACACGGUGGCGCGCAUCAAGGCCGCCGACGCUGCUGCCAAAAAGGCGAAGUUCCGGCCUCCGCCGUGA